UGCAUUUAUCGGGCGAACGAUUUUUGCGGUUAUGGCUCGCAUUCGCUCCAAACCAAGAAGUUACGGAUACUCGGACGUUUGCUAGAUUCGCUCGGACCGCUGCGGCACUCACGUAUCAUUGGCCGUCACGCUACUGUUCUCAUGGUCCUCCUAGCCGUUGGCAACGCGGCGACGUCGUUUUCCGCGGCCGCGUUCAACAGGUUAUAUUGAUAUCAGUAAAAUAUAAAUUAAUACAUUAUCAAAUGUAAAGAGGUAGACAGAACAUUGAAAAAAAGCAAUGAUUUUUCAAGAGAAAAAGUAAAAUUAAUAUAAAUGGUUUCAUUAAAUAAUAUGAAUAUUAAUGGCAGAGAAGAUAAUCAAAUUUAAUGAAUCUAUUUAAACUGUAAUACCUGAAGAAAAAUAAGUCAAAAAUAGUAACACUGCUUAAAAAUUUAAGCAAAACUAAUAUGGCUGAGCAGAAAACAUCUAUAUUUGCCAACAUUCAUGUUGACCAUGAUUAUGAUAAAUCAGCAUAUGACCAAUUCAUUAAUAAUGCAAUUAGAAAUAAGACUGAACUUAUGAAAUCCGAGCAAAAUAAAUUUAUAUUUGAUAAACCUCAAGAUAUCAAUGCUCUUAAAACAUCUGAGCAAAACCAAUCUAUGAUGAAUAAACUUGAAGAUAACACUGAACCUAAUACAUCUGAGCAAAAUAAAUUUAUAUUUGUUAAACCUCAAGAUAUCAAUACUCUUAAAACACCUGUGCAAAACCAAUCUAUGAUGAAUAAACUUGAAGAUAACACUGAACCUAAUACAUCUGUGGAAAAUAAAUUUAUAUUUGCUAAACCUCAAGAUAUCAAUGCUCUAAAAACAUCUGAGCAAAACCAAUCUAUGAUUAAUAAACUUGAAGAUAACACUGAACCUAAUACAUCUGAGCAAAAUAAAUUUAUAUUUGGUAAACCUCAAGAUAUCAAUGCUCUUAAAACACCUGUGCAAAAGCAAUCCAUGAUGAGUAAACUUGAAGAUAACACUAAACCUAAUACAUCCGAGCAAAAUAAAUUUAUAUUUGCUAAACCUCAAGAUAUCAAUGCUCAUAAAACAUCUGUGCAAAAUCAAUCCAUGAUAAAUAAACUUGAAGAUAACACUGAACCUAAUAGAUCCAAACAAAAGACAUUUAUAUUUGCUAAACCUCAAGAUAUCAAUGCUCUUAAAACACCUGUGCAAAAUCAAUCCAUGAUAAAUAAACUUGAAGAUAACUCUGAACCUAAUAGAUCCAAGCAAAAGACAUUUAUAUUUGCUAAACCUCAAGAUAUCAAUGCUCUUAAAACAUCUGUGCAAAAUCAAUCCAUGAUAAAUAAACUUGAAGAUAACUAUGAACCUAAUAGAUCCAAACAAAAGACAUUUAUAUUUGCUAAACCUCAAGAUAUCAAUCCUCUUAAAACACCUGUGCAAAAGCAAUCCAUUAUAAAUAAACCAAGAGAUAGUUUUAAAACUAAUACAUCUGAGGUAAAGGCAUUUGUAUUUGCUAAAAAUUUAGGUAUUCUUCCUUAUAAAAUACCUGUGCAAAACAAGUCUGUAUUAAAUAAAAUUGAAACUAGUACUAAACCUAGUACACCCAAACAAAAGACAUUUAUAUUUGCAAAACCUCAAGAUAUCAAUCCUUUAAAAAUACCUGUGCAAAAUCAACAGUCUAUAAUAAAUAAACCUGGAGAUAACUCUAAGACAUCCGAACAAAAUACAUUAGUAUUUUCUUUACCCCAAGAUGUCAAUGCUUUUAAAAUGCCUGUACAAAAUCAAUCUUUAAUAAAUGAAGUCAAAGAUAACAAUAAACCAGUGCAAAAGAAAUUUGUUUUUGCAAAAUUUCUAGAUAAUAGUACAUUUAAAGUACCAGUGCAAAAUAAAACUUCAGUGAAAUUAGUAGAAAAUACCUUUAAACCUAAACUUCCUGAGCUACCACAAUUUGUUUCAACGAGAGAAGAAACUACUGAAAUACCAGUGCGAUACAAAUCGGUAAGUAAUACAACUACCCUAAACUCUGCUGGUAGAACACAUUAUCAAGAAUUGCUAAUAAAUAAGAAGAUUGAACCUGCUUCACCUGUGAUUUUAAAUUCAUCUAAAAAUGAAAAAUCUUUUAUUAUUAAAAAACCGUCGUUUUUUAAUUUAGAAAACAUUUCCAUUCCAAAACCAAACACUUCUAACAUAACAUUAAGCUCUUCAGCAAUAACUAAUAAAUUUAAGAACAUCACAUCCAUCGCCAAAAUACCUACAGACGCUUUUAUUAAGUCAUCAAAUUCAACAUCUACAGUCAAUAUUAAUGAUGUUAAUUAUAAACAACAAUUUUCAAACUUAACUCAAGAAUUAAAAGUUGCGCCUUCAACUAUAACAAAAUCAAAAAUAUAUAUUCCACACAAUGGUAAAAACUAUAUGAUAAGAUCUGGUAAAAUAGUAAAAUCAGAUAUUCAGCCUCCAAAAUUAAAUCCUUUAUCGUUUAAAACAAAACCAACAAUUUUAAUACCGGAAUCAGUUGUACAAACAAAAAACCAAGGAAAUAUAAUUGUUUCGCCCUCAGAAAAUUCAAAAACUUUUAAUACUCCUAAUAUUACCAAAUUUGUAGCCAAAAUGGAAAAACUUCCAAAUGGAAAAUAUCAAAUGUUACCAACUCAAGGAAAUAUACCUGCCGGCUUAGAAAACUUGUUUAAAUCAAAUUCUCAGUUUGUUAAACAUAGUACAGUUACAGAUAGACCUCACAGUCCAAAUGGAGAUUAUUUUGUUUCUGUUGAAAAUAAUCCCUCAUCCUCAGAAGGUAUUAAACAGCUUCAGAAUUCUAAAGAGACUGAUCAAUUUAAAAAACCAUUGCAAGUAUUAUUUCCAAAAUCUCAGGAGACUAAAAUUUUAAAGAAAACUACAACUAACAAAAUUUUACCCUUUACCUUUACCAAAAAAUACCAAGUAAUAGAUAAUAAAUCAAUUAUUGGUGGAAAUCAUGGAAAAACUGUUAGUUUUCAAGGAAAAUCUAAUACUAAUCUAAGAAAAAAUUUUGUUAAUCAAAGAAAAACUUAUGCUAAUCAAGGAAAAGUUCGUAAUCCAAAAAUGUGUGCUCCAUCUGAAUUUAUUAAACUUAAACCGAAUCCUGAAUCUUUAAAUCAAUUGAAAAUACAACAAAUGAAUUCUGCUAAUAGUGACUUGCAGGAUAAACCAACUGUAAAAUUAAGUUUAAACGAGCAAGGAAAUCCUCAGUUAUUAAUAAAGGUUUUAAAAACAACCAAUGAACUUCCAUUAGUUACUACUGUUGCGGCUACAAAAGAAACAUUACCGGUUUCAGAUGAAGUAUCAAAUUAUCCUGAAAUUUCAAAUGUCUGUAGCAUCUCAUUAAAAAAGUUUUCAGAAAAAAAUAAAGUAUCUUUGCCUAAAAAACCUAGAAAAUCAAUACUUAAGAAAAGUUCUGGUUUUAGUGAACAUAACAUGGGUCGACCUCCUACUUGCGAAUAUGAAUAUUGUGAUACUUUAACUGAGGGGCUAAAAUUGAUUGAUAAUAUGUAUUGUAGUUUAACAUGUAAAAAGUUUAAUACAAAACUUAUGUUAGCUACACAAAAAAAACCUGUAGUUAGAUUCAAUUUAGAAGAGAAUGAUCAAAAGAAGCCUGUGAUUGAUCGAAAAAUGCUCUUAUUGAAAUUGAGAAAUAGAAUAAAUAAAAGGAAACAGUUAAAACAAUCUUGUCAGCCUGAAAAAUCACCACGAAUUGAUUUUAUUGAACAUGAAAAAAAAUCCAUUAUUAUAAAAGCAAUUUGUGAAAAACCCUUUUGUAAAUCAGUUCGUAAAUCUUUUCGUAAAUCAAAAAAUGGUUCAAAGUCAGAUGAUGAUGAAAUUUUACAUUUUAGACCUCAAAUUGACUAUAACAGAAUAAACAACUAUAUACAAUGUUUGCAAUUCACAACUGCUCCUUUAAAACUAUUUAAUAAGCCUUUUCCAACUGAACCAAAUUUGUUCAGAGUAGGACACAAAUUAGAAGGUAUUGACCCUGGACAUGAAACAUUGUUUUGUGUAAUGACUGUCAUAGAAGUUAUUGGUUAUCGCAUUAAAUUGCAUUUUGAUGGUUACUCUAAUGUUUAUGAUUUUUGGGUAAAUGCUGAUUACCCAGAUAUAUUUUAUCCAAAAUGGUGUGAACAAAAUUCACGUAUUUUACAACCACCAAAAAAUUAUAAAAAUAAAUUUAAUUGGACUGACUACUUUAGACAAAAGCUUGCUUUUCCAGCUCCAAAAUGGAAUUUUAGUUCUACUAAACAUCUUGCUACAUGUCCUACGCAUAAAUUUGAAAUUGGAUAUAAAUUAGAGGCAUUGGACAAAUCGACUCGUACAUCAUCAAAACCAGUUAUAUGUGUUGCAACUGUUGCUGAUGUUUUGGGUGAUCGUAUAUGUAUUCAUUUUGAUGGCUGGUCUAUAGAUUUUGAUUAUUGGGUUGAUGUCACAUCAAGUAAUUUACAUCCAGUUGGAUGGUGUAGUAAAAACGGUCGAACUUUAGCUCGACCUAAGUGUUAUAAUGAUUAUCGAGGUAGAAAACCUUUUUCUUGGUCUUCCUACUUAAAAGAAACUAAUAGUAAACCAGUGCCAGAAGAAGCAUUUAUUCAUGAACCACCACUGGAAUUUACUGUUAACAUGGCAAUUGAAACUGUUGAUAUUGUGGUUCCAUCAUUAUUGAGAAUUGCUAAAGUGAUUGAUGUUAAAGGCAAUGAAAUAAAAAUACUUUAUAAUGGGUUUAAUCCAAUGUAUGAAUAUUGGGUUGCAAACGAUAGUCCAGAUAUUCAUCCUGUUGGAUGGUCUUUAAAAACUAAUCAUCCUUUAGAAAUACCUGCAGACAGUCAAAAGCGUCAUUGUUGUGGAGUUUCUGGUUGUAAUGGAAAAGGCAACAUAAAUUGUAUGAUAAGUAGUCAUAAUGAUGUUAAAAGUUGUCCAUAUGUUAUUGAUAAUUGGAGAAAUACAGUUACUGGGUAUUCAUUAAUACCGGAUAGAGUGAAAACAUUUGUAAACCCUACUAUGAAACCACUGCCCCAGACUGAAAUUCCUAGAAAACUUUCUAAGAAACCUCAUAAUGAAUUUUCAAAGGAACUUUUAAAAGAACCUCCUAAAAAAAUUCCAAAGAAACUUGUUAAAGAACUUCCAAAGAACCUUCCUAAAAAGCUUCCUAAGAAGCUUCCUAAGAAGCUUCCUAAGGAACUUCCUAAGGAACUUCCUAAGGAACUUCCAAAAAAAACCAAACGAAAAUCAAAGAAACAAGAAAUGUUAAGGGAAAAAAAAGUAAUAAGUAAAGCAAAAUUAAUAGCAAUGAGAAAAGCUAAAAAAAAAAUGUUCGAAGUUAAGAAAAAGAAAUAUUUAAGUUAUGUUGCGUCACGUACAAUGUUUGGUGUUAAACAUGUCAAAUCAAAGGAUCAUUGGUCAAAUUAUAAUGGCUCACGCAUUGCAACAAUUAUGGAUGAAAUGGAAUUGCGCAUUGAUGAUCCAUGGACAUAUUUGCACAAUGAUGAUUUUAUAACAUCAAAAGCAAAGCGUAACAAAUUAAAUACUAGACGCAAUGCUAUUUCAGGCAUACCAAUGGUAAAUUCAAGUGAUGUAAAAUCAUGGUCUGUAUCACAGAUAGCCGAGUUGGUUGACCGUGUUGUGAUGAGUAAUUCUAUAUACCGAAGUGGAAAAGAACACAUUUUUGCAUCUCCAAUUUUCAUAGAUAAAGGAAUUGAUGGUGAGAAAUUCUUAAAAUUAACAGAGGAUGACCUUAUAGACUUUUUUCAUCUACCUCUUGGUAUUGCACUUAAAAUAUCCAGUGCCAUUACAAUAUUGAGAAAUAGAGUUCCUCAACCAGCAAUUUUUAAUAAUAUUGAUUCACUUGAACUUGAAUAAAAAAUUAAUUAUACCAAUUAUUA